GUCUUGCAGGUUUCAACAGAAAACCGCCCUACAGUAGCUCUCAGCCCUCCCUAGUACUCCCGCACAGGGAGAAGCAGGUCUUAUUCCAGAGACCCAUCAGGCUGAUAGCCACAUCUUUCCUCAGAUCCCUACAGCCACUCUAACAGAAUGACGCUGCUUUUCCAGUGUGGGCUCUACAGUGCCCUCCUGUGCCUGGCUGUUGGCCUCCAGUGCUACCACUACAAUGGUCUACCAGACCACGCUCUACAGAAACAGGUGGCCAAACCUUGUGGCGCCCCUCAUACAUACUGCAGCACUACACUGCUUAAAUACAGAGAAUUGUUGAACAUUGAUACUAUAAUAAAGGGCUGUUCUGCAGAGGAUUCUUGCAACCACAACAAGACAUACUCCAUGACGAACACCCAAAUCACCCAGACUAUACUGUGCUGCGACUCAGAGCUUUGUAAUUCACACUUGGUGCCAGAACUAGGGGACGACUACCGUACCGAAUGCUUUGCAUGUCAAGGACCACCCACAGCUUGUGCGGGGAAUGAUCUACCAAGUCUGAGAUGUGGACCUUCGCAGAAGAACUGUGUUGAAGUCUCCAUCACCAUGGCACUCAGUCAAGACACCCAGCAUACAAUGAUAAAAAGCUGCAGCAACCUGACCUGCCCCGGACCUGCUGCGUUUAGCAACGGAGAACAUCCGGUGUCGUACUCUUCCAACCACCUGUGCUGCAAUGGCAGCCACUGUAACAGCGGGCACUUUAUAGAUGUAAAUCCAGGUGCAGAGAAUGGGCUGGAGUGUUACAGUCGAUCAUCAACAAAAGGGGUCAGCAAAAUGCAGUGCCGGGGACUAAUGACCCAGUGUAUGGACCUGAUAGGUUCCUCCAGAGAUGACGUUGUGAUGAGUGGAUGCGCUACUGAAGCCUUCUGCCAAGGAGGGUACCCACAGUUUGACAUUCCUGGAUGGAAAAGCACUGCGUGUUGCUCCCAGUCUUUUUGUAACCACGGUGACAGUGCUACUGAUCUGGGAGCACAAAAACAUCCCUAAGGAUAUGUUAAGAAUCAUUAGGACACUUCAUUUUGCAGACACUGAUAAUCUAUAAUGCUGUAACAGGUACUGAGAUAAAACCUUUGUUUUCAAUAUGGUGAUACCGUCACCUACUCCUAGUGGCCAUGUUGUGUCCUGAGACAAUAUUCAGGUAAUGCAGUGUAUCAAUGGACUGGGAAACAGUGACAUGAAGCAUUUUAUUAUUAAUGAAUUUAUAGCCACAAAAUGGCCCUCCCCACUGCAAGCAGUUGGUCGGCACACUUUCGGAACCGCUGACCAGCAAAACCGAAGUCUUUUCAUUUGAUGUGAGCCAAGAAGAUAAUAUACAUUGUAUAGUAUAUCCCUGACUUCCCACUGCAACUCUUUUAAAAUAAAAUAAAAAUAAUAAAAACAUGAACUAUUACUUCCCAACUUCAUUACAGGAAAAUAAGCUGAGAAGAGUCAUUUGAGCUGCUGUGACAUCACUGGCUCUGCCCCAUGAAUGAAUCAUCCAAUCUUAGUAGUAAGUUUUUUCAAAGUAUGAAUGUUCUCAUAGUGAAUGUUGACAGUCGGCAUGUCAAUCGUGCGGUUUUAAUCCUAACCCUAACUGCAGCCUAGCCCUAACAUCGGCUAAAAUUGUCAGUCGAUAUUCAACAUAUCAACAUUCUGAAUGUCGGCACUGGGCCUAAUUCAGAGAUGGGCUCAGUUUACAUCGCUCCUGUGUCUGACGAAAAAAGACGCAUCCUGCCAGGUAUCGCAGAUCCGAGUGCUGGGUCCUAAAACAUAGCAUCAGAUUAGUGCGAGACCAUCAGCCAUCUGCAUAAACCUGAGGCUAUUUAGACUGGCCCUCAUAGCUUCGUAGCCAAGGCUAGGAAGUCUUUGUCGGAAGACAGUCACACAGUGUCUGAUUUACUUGCCCUUUACUCCACCCAUAACUUAGAUUUUAAUGUUUCAGUGCCAGCCACCAUUUCCAGGGGGCUAAUCUCAUAUGUAUUUGUCCAGAUCUGUGACUCUAUGGACAGUAUUCAAUUGUUUGAAAAGUCAGUUGGGUUUUUUCCUAUCUAAUAGACAUUGUGGGGCAUAUGUGGCACUGUGGGGCAUAUGUAUAGCUGGCAUUAUGGGGUAUAUCUCACUCACGCACACAGGGGGGGUUCCGAGUACCUGGAAACCCCCCCUGAUGAGACAAGUUUUUUAUUUUUGAGACGGAGACUGCAGUGUCUC